AUGCCGAAUACAUGCAGUAAGGAGGCGCAGGAACAUGCUACUGUUGAGCCGACACCUCGGCGAGGGGACCGCCGACGCCGGCAUGGAAUGAUGGAGAGAACGGCCGUGUACAUGAGUGACUUCUUGCCGUCACAAUCCUCGCCACUGGCGGGGCUGCAGCAGCCACACACGCAUCUAGGGCAGAAGAGGGAAGAGAGGGCGUUGAAUGUAGCGGGGUCGAGGCGGACCGAAGACCCGCAUUGGGAAACGAAGAGGCGCGGAGUGUUGCUCUUUCCUCGUGCGGCGACGGCGGCUCCGUCAGGGGCACGCCCGAGGAAGCACAUGGAGGUGUCCCAGGCAUGGGCUUUGCGGCGGAAGGGAAAACGGCGUGACCCUGAUACGCCGUUUAAUCAUCGUGCGCAGUUUUCGAAGUUGAGGCGGGCGAUUAAUGCAGAGAGGAAGGCGGUAUUUGAAUCCAUGCUGUCCUGCAGCGACGGCGCCCAGCCUCUCGAGCCGUUGGUGAGCCUCAACAGCAAAAAGACGGAGCCUGAAGAUUGUGGCGGAAAUGUGCCUGAGGCGUCUGUUGAGACGCCGGCACAUGCAAGUCCGCAGCAGACGCAGCUGCGGAGAAUGCAGGGCCUUGUGGCGGACAUGGGGGUGAUCUACAGCCAACUCCAUCGGGCCAUGCGGGGGAGGAAUUACACGGAGGCAGGGCGCCACAUGCGCCACAUCCGACAGCUCAAAAAACGCCUAAACACGGCAGCACUAAAGUGGCGUUUGAAUGUGGUGGCGUUACCAGACGCUGAGACGGCCGCUUCAACCAUUUGCCCGCCGCGCCACGAGGUGGAGUCGUCCGAGAGCGUUGCGGAAUGCUGUGCAGCAUCCAACGAUUUGCAGCUUGCGGGUGACGCGGACGGCACGGCGGAGUUGAUCGGCGAGCCGAAUUACAUGAACUUUUACCCUUCACUGGCGCAGGUGGGGGUGGGCUGCCACGCGCUUGCCACAUGGAUUGAUCGGCGAAGCCACCGGUACCCGCGGCGUGUGGCGAAAGAGGAACUAUCCCGCUUUGUAGAUGCUGGGCCGGAGAAUGAGCAGGAACAGGCCAGCUUGACGGGGCCAGCCGUACCCCCCACAGUGAAGUUUGUUGGGCUGUACUGUACGAACGUUAUAACUGAUGCUCUGGAUGACCUUGUCUUUACAAUUCUGCAGCAGCAGUAUCAUUUGCAGCGACGUAUGAAGAAGGAAAAACCGCUGCAGUUUAAGGCGAGGCGCUUCUAUACCAUCGGGCUUCGGGAAACAUUGAAGGGGCUACGGGCUGCUGCCACGCGCAUUCCCGUUGUGUUCCUCGCCUCCGAUAUUGAGGUCAAUGCAGCCUUGGAGAUGAACGGACCUUGUGAGGCGGUGAGGGGCGCGGGGGCGGCCGCGCAUCAGCUGCCUGGCGGGAAGAGAAGGACGGUGCAGGAGAUGGGAGUAGGUGGAACGCUGGAGGAAAUUCGGUCACACUGUGUGUCGCGCGAUAUUCCACUCAUUACGUGCAUGAAUCGCCGUCGGCUAGCCUAUGCGCUGUUCGCGAAGGGAUGCACCAUCUCCGCAGUGCUCCUGCACUCCGCGGAGGGCGUACACGAGGAGGUGCGAGCCCUGCGGCACUACGCGCAGCAUCUCUUCACGGCGUUUGCCACCGUUGCCGCGGCACACGAGAACACCCCUGAUGUGCUCUGA